CGACUGUUGCCGCCAUCAUGGACACGAGUCGUGUGCAGCCUAUCAAGCUAGCCCGGGUCACCAAGGUGCUGGGCAGGACCGGCUCCCAGGGGCAGUGCACGCAGGUCCGCGUGGAGUUCAUGGACGACACCAGCCGCUCCAUCAUCCGCAACGUGAAAGGCCCUGUGCGCGGGGGCGACGUGCUCACUCUGCUGGAGUCGGAGCGAGAGGCUCGGAGACUGCGCUGAACUGAUGCCUGGGUCCUGGCUGUCUGGGUGAACCACAUAGCCCAUGGGGAAGAUGCUCCACUGUUAAUAAAGCGUUUAUGUAAAUUCGG